AUGGACUAUGCGGUGGCCUACUGGGUGCGCCAUGUUGAGGAGGCGGCAUCUGGUGCCAACCAAGGAGAUGCCAUGGUCGAGGACUUGAGCGAAUCAUUGACGGCCCUACUGGAACAGCACUUCACGGCGCCCACAAAGCAGUUGCCGGUUUCUCAAGGAAAUAAGAAGAGACUCCAGGCGUUUGAAGGCCUCACACGGUUCCACGACCUCGAACAGGCGGUAGUAUGGGCUCGCAAGGAGCUCACUUUCUUCGGCGAGACCAGGGAGUCGGACAGGGCACUGGACCUUGGCCUUAUCGUCAGCAGCAUACGCCUUGAGCUCGAAAGAGCCAUCGAGGGCGCCAGGAGCGGGCCGGCUGGGGAGGCAGAAGCACUGGCGGCCAUGUACGGGCCCAAUCCGUUCAAGUGUAGCAGACUCAGCUGCCGCUACUUCUACGACGGCUUUGAGACGGCAGAGCAGAGAGAGCAGCACCAUUACAAGCACCUUCUCCCGUUCCGCUGCACGGUGGUGGGUUGCCCAAGGUCCGCACUCGGGAUGGCAUCUAGCGGAGACUUGCAACGGCAUAUCAAGGAUACACACAUGGCCCCAGGAGACGACGAGUUCCCAAGCCUUGAUGAAACAAGUGUCCAAAAUGGCACCGCACGGCCAGCCCGAGAAAAAGACAGACAGGAGUACACAUUGGCACCAAAAGCCAAGCGGCGACAGGUCCGCGACUGGACAUGCAGCGUGUGCUCCAAGGUCUUCAGGAAAAAGUUCAACCUCGAGUCCCACAUGGCCACACACAGCGACGAACGCAGGUUCUGCUGCGGCAUGUGCGACCUGGCCUUUGCCAGGGCCAGCGACAGGAACAGGCACGAGAAGACGCACGAGGCACCAGGCUUCGUCUGCGGGGGUGAGCUCUCGGAUGGGCAGAAGUGGGGGUGUGGGAGGAAGUUCGUCAGGGCCGACACACUGCAGAGUCACCACAGGACAGCGGCCGGCCAGGCGUGUUUGCGGAAAUUUUACAACCAAGGGCUCAGCAACUUGUCGGCGCCGUCACAAACGCCUCAGAAAUGGCGAGGAGGUGGUGGUGGGGACUUAUGA